CAUUUCAUUUCAAGGGUAUUUCGGGACUUAUUCUCAAAUCACAAGUAUAGUUUUGAAAUUUCGAUAAUACCUUUUGAAAUCCUAGCGAUUAAGAGGCUAGACUCCAAUGGGGAUUUUUAAUCUUUCAUUACAGUGACUUGCUGACUCUGGUACCAUAUAGAGAUUUUUAUUCAAAACUUCGCCAUUAUCCACGUGAACAUCUCAAGGAUGGCCAUAUUCUUUUCUGUAAAAGUUGUCUAUAUUCUAUCUUUUGUUACCUUUAAAUUUGUAAUUUGCCAUGAUAAGUAUUCUGAUCCAACGAAUUCCCGCCAAGAAAGCUGUUCUACCAAGGACCAUGCUUGUACACGACGAGAGAUUGAUGACACUAGUGACGAGGGUCCCACAUUUGUCGGGCGAACCGGAUUAAUACGACUUGACGGGGUAAAGGUUGGUCACGUUGAGGAAGUAGAUUUAGGGGACUGCCGGAGAAAUCGAUUUACAAGGGCGAUGAAACCUCUUUUAUUUGAAAUACCAAAUUUUUUAACCGAUGAAGAAUGUGACUACAUUAUAAAGCUAGCUGAAAACAAUGGCCUACUAUCAAGUACGGUUAGGGGAGGUCUCACGACGAAAAAAGAUUUAGAAGUACCAAGAAUCGAACAUGGCAAGGGUGAAGAUGCAGCGGGAAUCUUUAGUGCUUGGGACAUGAAUAAUGACCAGAAAAUAACAGUGGACGAGGUAAUCGAGUUCGGAAAGAAAUAUAUUUAUGCCGUGUUCAGCGAAGAAGAUCUGAUGGAGUUACUUCAUAAAGUAAACGUUACUGAGUUAGACGAUGGUGUAAUGACACCUGAAGAAUUCGAGGAUAUGAAUACCCGUGGGGCUGACACUAUAAUGGCACACGCAGGAAAAACUCAUCCUAAAUAUAGGGCUCGCUAUAGUUAUCAAACCUUUGUGAACCAGAGAUACCUCAAAGAUCCAACCUUAGAUAGGAUCUUUGAAAGAGUGAUUAAGUUGACAAAACUUCCAAGAGAAAUCAUUUACGGAAGUGAAAGACUCCAGGUUGUUUAUUAUGAUAAAAAUGGUCAUUACCAUGCCCACUUUGAUUCUGAAACUCACCUGAGGACCGACGUCCCUUGCUGCCAUCAACAAAAUGAAGUGGAUAUGUUGAGCUUUGAGAAUCCAUGCAGGAUUUGCAGGUACAUUACCAUUCUGUAUUAUCUUAAUGACGUGGAAGGUGGAGGUGAAACAGCCUUUCCUGUUGCAGACAACGAGACUUUAAACUUCGAGUACUUAACAGACACUCGCGGUACGCUGGACUAUUUCAACCUUAGCCACAACUGUCACGUGGGAAACUUAGUCAUCAAGCCACGAAAGGGAACCGCUGUAAUGUGGUAUAAUCAUUUCAUGGAUAAAGAGAGUGGAUGGUUAGGAGAAAUGGACCAAUAUAGUUUGCACGGAGGAUGUGAUAUUACAAAAGGAGAAAAAUGGAUCGCUAAUAAUUGGAUCAGUGCUCCAUAUAAAGAUUCAGCUCACAUUCCAAGUUCGUGGCUGAACUUUUAUCUAUAAGACCAAUACAUAUGGACUCGUGGGAUUUUCUGGACUCUUGGGUGGUUCGAGAUUAGAGAUUAGUCAUUAUGUAUCGCCUGAAGGGUCGGGUGAUUUUGCUUGUGUCACGAUAACAUUUACCUGAUCCUCUCGUAAGGCCUUGUAAAAUUUUUAAGACCACCCCCUCUCCUCCCUCAAUAGCAGUUCAUUGGUAAUGAAUUUUCUGUAGUCUCUUCUUUACACCCAUUGGCGACGACAGAUUCUUUCUCUGUUCCCCCAGAAAACCACGUGUUCCCCUGACCCGACCCCCACCAGGCAAAAACUUGAAGGAAUGAUUCAGAACAGACAAUACAAACAGAAUUCUGAUUUGGCCUUGUCAGCUCAGAGUGCGUAAUCCGUGAGGAUUGACGUAGAUGUAUGUAGAAUUUUAGGCUUUUUUAGGUUGUAAGUUUUUCUCAUUCUAGGCUUUGAAGAUUAUUUUCGGCAUGGAAAUUAACUUUAGAUACACUCUAGCUUUCUUCAAUUACGAAGAAUAUUUUCCUAGAAUUGAAUGAAAAGAAGAGAGUAGAUUUGAA